AUGGUGGACUUGGUUACCGGCGCCUCUCAGGUAUGCAGCCAGUGGCGCUCAACUUGCCGUGAUCCGGUUUUUUGGAGCACGGUCGAUCUAAAUCAGAUCCAUUCUCGCCGUUCUGCCACCACCGCUCCUGUAGAUCGACGUGUUUGGACGGUCGAGCGGUGUAGCUUGAUCCUCAUGAUGAUUUUAAACAAGGCUCUGAAUCUCGGUGGUGAAAACCUGAAUACCUUGUUUUUCCAUUUGUUCAUGUUGUUAAGGUCUGAUUUUUUGUUGUGUGCCGCCAAAAGGAGCCCCAACCUCCGACGACUUAUCUUACCCGCACGACAUCAAAUAGACGGGGAAGGAUUCGAAGAGGCCAUCAAGCAUUGGAAGCACCUCGAGUCUCUAACCCUCCCAUGCUCUUAUUAUCCGGCUAACAUGAUCGGAGCUAUCGGUACUCAUUGCAAGAACUUUGUUGAGCUCCGGCUCAUCUGCCCUGUGGACUAUGAUCUUGCAAACGACAUCGUCACGCUUCUCCCGCAGCUCAAGUUCCUAAUUGUGCCGUGCUCGAAAAUUUCAAGGCAAGCCCUGGUACAUUUGCUCUUGGACACCAAUUUGGAGGUGCUGAAUUUGUCUUAUUCCACCCUGGUGGACGACUAUAUUUUUUAUGAGAUUGACGACGACAUUUUCGAUCCUUUUGCUAUUGAGAGGGAAAUAUAUCCACUUGCCUCGCAACUCAGGAUGUUUGUUCCUUGGGCAAGAGUUGCGUACCAUUGGUAG